AUGUUCGGAGGAUUCGCGCCCCCCCAGCUGUCCGAGGAGGAGAUCAAGCAGAUGGAGACCGAGGCCAACUUCUCCAUCCAACAGGUCGUCGUCUCUGCCGUCCUCCUGUACCUCUCCCCUUUUGCCAUUGAUGCCGUCUCCAAGGUCCUGUAA